AGUGAUAUAGCGAAUUCUCUCGUUUGUCUGGAACGAUCUGCACUUUAACGCAAUGGAUCAGGGACGAGCGAAGUCAGCCAUGGCUACAGGACCAGCCGUUACAUGUAUGAAAACUCUUUUGAUGGUGUUUAAUUUUCUGUUUUGGAUCACAGGUAUUGCGAUCCUUGCACUUGGUAUUUGGACAAAAGUGGAUUUGUACAAGUACAUGGAGCUUUCCGCCAUCUACUACAGGGAGUCUCCAUAUGUCCUUAUUGGAGUUGGGGCUGUCAUUGUCCUGGUUGGCUCACUUGGGUGCUGUUGUACUGUGAAGGGAAACUCUAUUUUGCUGUAUAUGUAUGCUGUUUUCCUGGUUGUCGUGUUCAUCGUAGAACUCAGUGCUGGUGCUGCAGGAUUUGUCUACCAGAGUAAGUUGGAAGCUGGCUUCAAGGAAGGCUUACAGGUGGCUCUACAGAAAUACAAGGUGGACGCAGAAAUUACUGGAGCCAUGGAUGAUCUGCAGUCUCAGCUCAAGUGUUGUGGGAUCCACAGCUACACAGACUGGGUAAACAAAACAACCACCACUGAUGGCAAGGUGCCCACUUCCUGUUGUUUGGACCAGAACAAGUGUCCCACUGAGUUCUUGCCAGAGAAUGUUAAAGAUUGGUUCCCUAAGGGCUGCUAUUCCACUGUAGUGGAUUUCAUGCAAAGCAACAUGGGGAUGAUUGGGGGUGUUGCCCUUGGAAUCUCUUUCUUCCAGGUGUUUGGUGCAUUACUUGCCUGCUGUUUGGCUAAGAACAUCAACAAGGCCAAGUAUGAACAGGUUGCCUAGACUAUCAGGAACACCAAAGGAAUACUUCUGUUAACAUCAGCAGAUAAACUAAUGUAAUUCACCAACACAAAAAAAAAUUAGGGCUUUACACUGAGUCACCAAUGCAUGUAUUUAUAUGUUAUAUAUAAUACUGAUAUUCUAGAAUUUCUAAGAUGCUUCUGCCCAGUAUUAGGAAGGAGAGUUCUAACAAAGCUUUAAAAGGAACAAAAUUCUCCAAAUUUGUAGACAAUUCUCUCUUAAAAUUCCUAUAAACUAUAAUAUAUCUGCAUUUAUUGUGCUUUAUUUGGUAAACUUGAAUUUAUAAAUGGUAUUAAGAUUCAACAGUUCUGCUGUUGAAAUAGGACUUCAGGCAGAUGUUCAAAUCUUGUAAUGGGCAAAGUGUAAUUAUUAAAAUAGAAACUGGAACAGCCAGAAAAUUUACCCACCCAAAUAUGUGUCGUAAAGCACAUUAGUGGGAUGAAAGUAUUCUAGGUAUCCUUGGCCUGGUAAAUAGGAACUAUAUCAAUCUCAGAAUGGAACUUUUAACAAUGAGUUUUACAGAACCAUCAAUUUAAGAAACAUAUAUAAAAUCUUCCCUGCUAUAGGUGAAGCUUGUCAUAUGCUUUUACCUGAUAAUAUAUUGGUCAUGAAUUGAUUUCCAGUGUCACAAACUCACCUGAUUUUGUCAGGUCAACAUGAUAUUGCCCAUAUUCUGACCUGAAAAAAAGCUAGAAUCACCUUAUUUUUCUUUACUACUUAAAAAGUUUAAAAUUCAAUUUUUGGAUUUAAUAUAAUCAGAAUAAUAUUCAAACAUAACAUAAACUAUCAUCUAAAUACAUACAGAUCACAAUAGAGUUGAUUAUAAGGUCUUUUUGCCUAAUGAAACUUUUAAACACUCUGACACCUGUGAUUUGGAUGGUGAUGACCAGAUAUAUUUAGACAAGCGGUUGGUGACACUGGAUUUCUUGUGUAUGUCUGCUUCCAAUGCUAAGUGUGCUUCUACCAGACAUGUUGUCUGGAUUUUUAUGUAUAUACAAAGAUUUCUUUUGCACAUUAACUAUCGUUCUGUUUAUAUUUUUGAUAACUUUAGAUCUGAAGAUUAUACAAUAUAAGAUAGGACGAAGAAUGCUCUACAAGGACAACAUAAUAUUAAAUUCUCAACUGAUAACAUAUAUUGAGGUUAUCAUCUCAUGGUAUUUUAUUUAUCAAUCUAUAAUAUUUUAUUUUAACAAAAAAAGAAGGAAGUUGGUGCCAUAUCAUGUUUUUAAUAUUAUGCAUAAUUAGAUAUUAAUUUCUUUUUUUUUAAUGAAAUUUUGAUGCAGAACGCAAAACAUUAUCUAGCAUUGUAGUGAGAUCAAUUAUCAGUCACAUUGACAAUUUAUGUUACACAUUACGCGUGAAUAAAUGUUAAUCUUGUUAUAUAUAUAUUUGAUCAACUUUGUCAUUUAGUUGACUGGAACACCAUAGUUAUGUAAUGUUAUUGAAAACUUUUUUCUGUUUUUGUUUUUUUUUUUUUAAUUUGAUUAACUUUGGCAUUAAACUUAGUAGAGUUACAUACAUUGCAGUAAAUAUUUCUCUUAAAAAAAAAUCAUCAAAUUAUAAACUGAUUUCAUUAAUGGAGGCUGUUACUGAAAUACCAUUAAGUUGUAUGUUGAUACUAUUUGAGGUAGGGAAUCCAGAACUUUUCAUCUAUUUUCAUUAACCGAUAAGUUUAUAAAGUAAAGAUUGUAUCUCCUUUCCCUACCUUUAUCUAACAAAGAAAUAUUAAACCCAUUAGUGAGAAAAUUUGAUUGCUGACAGGGAGUUACUAGUCUUUCUGUAGAAUAGUUUAUAGAAUCCAAUCCUGGUGACAGCAGUGGUUAUGUGUGAAAAUUAUGGAGAAUAUAGCUUUUUCACAACAGUAAAUGCCCAAGUUACUCUGCUAAACAUUAGAUAUUUAGAAUUCUACAUCACUGGAAACAUACAGUGUUGAGACUCUGCCUGAAUAUCAUAUCAGUUCGAAAUACAAACUAAAAGACUAAGAAUUUUUAGUCUUUAAUCAAAUUUUUUAUUAGCAUAAUUAUCAAAAAUAAGCUUGUUAUUUAUUGUUUCAAGAUUCAAACAUAAUUAUCAAAAUGACUUUUUAUAGAAUGCUUUAUACACAAUCAUAAUGAUCAGAAAUUUGAGUCUUCUAAAGAAUUCAAAUCAAACAAUUAUCCCACCAUUUUCAGAAGAUCACAUGAAAACUUCACAAAAUGUGACUUUUUAAUUUUUGAAAAUCACAGCCUUGAUAACUGAUAGCUACCUUGGCAUAUAUGUAGGAAUUUUUGUAUAGUGCUACAGUUGUCUAAAUAAGGUUUUCCUAUUUGUUGUUGCUAUACUAAGCCUAGUGUGGAGUUUGUUAUGGUCAUAUUGACCAUUAGUGUUGCCAGUGUUAUCAUGGUCACCAUACUGACCGUAGCUGUUGCUAGGCUAAGCCUGGUGUGGAGUUUUGUCAUGGUUAUGUUAUUGAUGUGAGGUUACAUCUUGUGUGGAAUGUUGUCAUGGUCACAUUAAGUUAUUGUUGCUAGGCUUGGCCUUGUGUGUAGCAUUGUCAUGGUCAUAAUGACUCUUGCAGUUUCUAAGGAUUAGCCUUAUGUGAAGCGUUGUCAUGGUCAUAAUGACUCUUGUAGUUGCUAAGGAUUGGCCUUGUGUGUAGCGUUGCCAUGGUCAUAAUGACUCUUGUAGUUGCUAAGGCUUGGCCUUGUGUGUAGCAUUGUCAUGGUCAUAAUGACUCUUGUAGUUGAUAAGGCUUGACCUUGUGUGUAGCAUUGUCAUGGUCAUAAUGACUCUUGUUGUUGCAAGGGUGUAUUGUUUCUCUCCCUACAAAACUAGACCUUUUACAUUUAGUUGCCAUGGUGACUGGGACCAUACUUGUUCUUUUAUCUAUAUUAGCUCUGAUUGUUGAAUAUUAAUGAAGAACAGUUUUAUUUGUAGUAGAUUUUUUUUCUAGUAUCACAUACCUGUACACUUAUUUAUGCAUAAAUAUAUAUCAUAUAUAGUUGUCAUGGUUGAAGGGAAAAUUUGACUGUUGCUGUGGAAAUCCUGUUAUGGUUCCAGGGGUAACAGUACUUAUAAUGAUGAUAAAAAUACAAUAUAAUAAUCAAAGAAUUUUAAUCAUGUAUUUACAAUGUUAUGUGCAAUCUUGGCAUUAAAACUAUCUGUUCAAGAUAAAUUUAAUGAUUGUUUCUGUUGAAACACAUUUUACCGAAAAGUUGUCAACAAGUAUUACGCAAUAAAUUGUUUGUAAUUAUUACAUUAUUAGCGUUAACACCGUGGACUAUUGUGAUAGACACUGAAAUAAAUAACACACUUGAUGUUUCUAAACAGAAACUAUUUUAGUCUUGCCUGCGUUCCAGUCGUGUUUUCCAUGAAGUUUGAGUUUUUGUUUCCCACUAAUGUUCAGGUUUAAAUGCUAACCAUAGGAAGUCAACAAUUACAUAUUCAUUUAACAACAAAACUUUAAUAUAUGUCUUGAUGAUUGAGAGUUCUCGCCUUAUUUCAGUUUAUCGUUUAAAUAUCUAUAUGUAACAGGGUAUUUUAGUUAUAAAAGCUUUGACAUAUUGUGCAAUAUUGUCAGACAGCAUUGUCUCAGCUCUCUGUAAGAUAUUGAUAGCAAAUAAAUGCUUGUCAGUCCAAUUUGAAGAAUUUUACAUUAUGCUGUCAUUAUCAGAACCUGAAUCGUGAUAUAGUGAGACAGUUAUAAGUAAACAUAUCCCUGUUGUCCCCAGUACUGUGGAGUAGUGGUGACAAAUUAAUCCCUGUUGUCCUGACUACUGUGGAGUAGUGGGGACAACAUGAAUCCCUGUUGUCCUCACUACUGUGGAGUAAUGGGGACAAAUGAAUCCCUGUUGUCCUCACUACUGUGGAGUAAUGGGGACAAAUGAAUCCCUGUUGUCCUCACUACUGUGGAGUAGUAGGGAGAACAUGAAUCCCUGUUGUCCUGACUACUGUGGAGUAGUGGGGACAGCAUGAAUCCCUGUUGUCCUGACUACUGUGGAGUAGUAGGGACAACAUGAAUCCCUGUUGUCCUGACUACUGUGGAGUAGUAGGGACAACAUGAAUCCCUGUUGUCCUGACUACUGUGGAGAAGUGGGACCAAAAUGAAUCCCUGUUGUCCUGACUACUGUGGAGUAAUGGGGACAAAUGAAUCCCUGUUGUCCUGACUACUGUGGAGUAGUGGAGACAACAUGAAUCCCUGUUGUCCUGACUACUGUGGAGUAAUGGGGACAAAUGAAUCCCUGUUGUCCUGACUACUGUGGAGUAGUGGGGACAACAUGAAUCCCUGUUGUCCUGACUACUGUGGAGUAGUGGGGACAACAUGAAUCCCUGUUGUCCUCACUACUGUGGAGUAAUGGGGACAAAUGAAUCCCUGUUGUCCUCACUACUGUGGAGUAAUUGGGACAAAUGAAUACCUGUUGUCCUCACUACUGUGGAGUAAUUGGGACAAAUGAAUCCCUGUUGUCCUCACUACUGUGGAGUAAUUGGGACAAAUGAAUCCCUGUUGUCCUCACUACUGUGGAGUAGUAGGGACAAAUGAAUCCCUGUUGUCCUGACUACUGUGGAGUAGUGGGGACAACAUGAAUCCCUGUUGUCCUGACUACUGUGGAGUAGUUUGGACAACAUGAAUCCCUGUUGUCCUGACUACUGUGGAGUAGUUUGGACAACAUGAAUCCCUGUUGUCCUGACUACUGUGGAGAAGUGGGACCAAAAUGAAUCCUUGUUGUCCUGACUACUGUGGAGUAGUGGAGACAACAUGAAUCCCUGUUGUCCUGACUACUGUGGAGUAGUGGGGACAAAAUGAUGCAGGAGUUCAAGGUUGUCUCCAACAGUCUCAUUGAUUCACUUACCAUAGUCAUCCUACAUUAAGCCCAUGCCUGGUGAUAAGCCCUCUGUUAAGGUACCAUAGUUAAGUAACAAUGAGGCCAUGUCUGGUCAUAAGCCCAACCAUAUCUUUAGCUGUUAUAAGUAGAAUACAUAUGAUUGCUGUUUCUUUAGUUUGCAAUAUGGUAAACUGGGAAGCAAUUGCUCAGGACUUUUUUUCAUCCUGGCAUAAAUCUACUAAUUUUCUCCCAAAAGUAUAUAAAACAUGUACAUGUACUUCAGUGUUAGGCGUGAAACUUUAGCCCACAUUUUACUGUAGUCCUAUUUGUAUAUUAUUGGGUAUAUAGCAGGCUUUAUGCCCACUAUUAUGGCCUUUUAGCAGGUGUCCUAAUUACAGAAACCUUAGGGAUGACUUAGAGUUUGAUUUGUAUGUUGGACCCCUGGGCUUAUUGAAGGAUAUAUAUGGUACUCAUUAUAUCUGAUAUGAAAUCUAAUGUUUUGUUUGCCUAAUGCCAUUUAAGUACUGAUUUUUAAUUUCUCUUUGUUGUCUCAUUUCCUUGUAAUAGGGUAUAGAAAACAAAUUCCGUAAAAUUUAAACUCAAUUUUUGGUUUUUUGAACUUUCAAUUUUCUAUCUUAUAAAAUGUCAGUCUCUAUGUUGUUUUCCUUGAUAUGUAAAGAGUGUUUAUCAAUUAUACAAAGAAUCUUGAUAUUAUAAUGUCAGUAAUUUGCA